ACCACUCUUUCCCACACUCUGCUUUACUAAAAGCUUCGAUAACUUAAACCUUCCUUUUUUUUUUUUUUUUUUUGUGGGUUAAGCAACUGAAAGUUUGUGAAUAGUUAUUCACAUAGACUCAGUGAGAGUGCCUUAUUUUGUAGAGGAAGACAUAAUAGUUAAUUUCAGAAAGAUAAGGUUGUUUUUUACUCGAUAUGUAAAAGAAGGAAAGGUUAUCAUUUUAUCUUGAUCAACCAAGUUCCUUCAGUGGCUAUUAAUGGAGUCACCUACAGAGCCAACCACGAAGAAGAAUAACAACAAGCCCUUGGGAAUUCGAUAUAUAGAGAGCAUACAGAAGUCAAGCCUGUCUUUCAAGACAUAUCAAGUCAUUGUUCUACUUGUGACAUUUUUUGCAUAUACAAGUUACCAUGCUAAUAGAAAAACUACAAGCAUCGUGAAACAAGCACUCGAUCCCCAAUCACUAGGUGUUGGUCCGAAUUUACCAUGGCAACGAAAUAGUACGUUUAGAGAUGGCUGGUUUCCAUUUGAUGGCCCUGAUGGAACAGCAAUGCUCGGUGAUCUUGAUGUGGCUUUCCUAUUUGUGUAUGCCAUUGGAAUGUAUUUCUCAGGGCACGUGGGCGAUAGGAUGGAUUUGAGAGUUUUUUUGACAGCGGGAAUGUUGGGAACCGGUUUAUUCACAGCUCUUUUUGGAGUUGGGUAUUGGGCAAACAUCCAUAGUUUCUAUUACUAUCUGAUCGUUCAAAUGAUAGCUGGAUUGUUCCAAUCCACUGGAUGGCCUUCAGUAGUUGCAGUGGUGGGGAAUUGGUUCGGAAAGAAGAAGAGGGGACUUAUAAUGGGCAUAUGGAAUGCUCACACCUCUGUUGGGAACAUUACGGGGUCAUUGGUCGCCUCAAUCUUAUUGAAAUAUGGAUGGGGUUGGUCGAUGGUUGUUCCCGGUAUACUUAUUGCUUUUAGUGGCAUGAUAGUAUUCCUUUUGUUACCCGUUCAUCCUGAAUCUGUUGGAGGUAGUAAAGAUGAAGACGAAGUGUUAUCUCCCGGAAAAGAAGACGAGGUAGUUAAUGAACCUCUCUUGAGAUCAGACAGAGAAGAGGAAUCAGCUGUGGGUUUUAUAGAAGCAUGGAGGAUCCCGGGGGUUGCGCCAUUUGCUCUUUGCCUUUUUUUCGCCAAGUUGGUGGCUUACACAUUUCUCUAUUGGCUGCCUUACUACAUUAGCCACACAGCUAUAGAUGGACGAUAUUUGUCUAACGAGGAAUCUGGAAACUUAUCAACAUUGUUUGAUGUUGGAGGGGUAGUAGGUGGAAUCCUAGCAGGUUACAUCUCUGAUCAGUUGGAUGCUAGAGCCAUAACAGCUGCUAGCUUCAUGUACUGUGUUAUCCCAGCUCUAUACCUAUAUCGCAGCUAUGGACACAUCUCCAUGACUAUAAACAUCAUCCUCAUGGUGAUUACUGGAAUGUUUGUGAAUGGCCCUUAUGCAUUGAUAACAACUGCCGUUUCAGCUGACUUAGGAACACAUAGCUCUUUGAAGGGUAAUUCACGAGCACUUGCAACUGUCACUGCUAUUAUUGAUGGAACUGGCUCAAUUGGUGCUGCGGUUGGACCAUUUAUAACGGGUUACAUUUCAGCGAAGAGCUGGAAUGCAGUUUUUGUAAUGUUGAUGGGAGCAGCUUUAAUUGCUGGUUUAUUUUUGACUAGGCUAGUUGUAACCGAGGUGAAUGGAAAGAUUCAAGAAUCGAGGUCUCAAGGAUCAUCCAGACCAAUGUCUAUCGAUCUUGAAGUGUGACUGCCAUACAAUUGUGUGAUAAAUCCAAAUGCAUUUUCAGACGCAGUUUGGAUAUUAGACUUUGGUCAAAGGGAUGAAAAGGUAGAAAUGCUCAAAUCAAAAUGGCCUAGGAUUUUGUAUGGAGUACAACUUAAGAUGGGGAUAUGAAUUCUUCUUGAUUUUGUGAGACUGACUCUGAAAGGGAGAAAACUGGAGAUGACUCCUCUGGUCAUCGUAUAUACGUAUUCACAUGUACAUUUUGUGUGCCAUAAAGGAUCAAACACCUAGAUGUAAAAUAGUAUUAGUGUGGUUGGGAGUUUGUACGCAUUUUUCGUUUGAUUCUUGCCAAAUGCCAAUACAUCCUCCAAAAUAAAAGUUUUUUUUUUCCAUACCACUGUAUAUGUUGAUAGUGACACUGUGGUCAUGUAUCGAAGCCCUGGCCAAAAAGCCUUGUACAACUUAAUUGGAUGGGACAACUACUAAUUGAAUUUUGUUGAUAAUU